AUGUCUGCCGCCUCGCUCCAGUCUUUUGCCUACCCCGGUCUCGGGGAAUGGGCUCGCGACAACCUGGGCUACAUGCAAGCCAUCCGGGUGGGUGAUCGCAUCGAGUGUUCGGGCCAAGGCGGCUGGGACCCUGACAGUGAGGUACCCAAAUUCUCCGAGAACAUUGCCGAGGAAAUUGAACAAGCCUUUGCCAACGUCGACCGCACAAUACGCCAUGCUGGCGGCAAGGGCUGGCCACAGGUGUACCGUGUCAAUUCUUACCACCUUGAAUUGACGCCUGAAGUCACGGCUGCCAUGACGGCCGGCUUCAAGACGUGGAUGCCCAAUCACAAGCCUAUUUGGACGCAGGUUGGUGUCCGGCAGCUGGGUGCUCCUGGGAUGAGGGUCGAGAUUGAGGUCGUGGCGCUGGAUUGUUGA